GGGGGGCUGUGGGGAGCGCGGGGCCAGAUCCCCGAGACUCCCCUCACUCGGGCUAGCUCGGGAAUUGCUGCAUUUCUUCCCCCCUCUCGGGGACGGCCGGGGAGCAGCCGCGCUGCUGCUGCUGCUGGUGCUCAGCGAACGCCGGAGGCCGCAGGGAGGGUCCCCGCUCUUCUACGCGGAGCCCCAAAGAUUAUUUUUUUUUCCUGCCCGCGGUGAUUUUUACCUGCCCAGGCUGUCCCGCUAGCGGGGAGCGUUGGCCAUGGACCACGGGCACGUCAGCAGGUACCGCGCAAGCGUCGCCACGAGCCCGCCACGGUGGGAGAUCGGCAUCUAUGCCACCGGUGCCUUGGUGCUGCUGGGGGUGGCUGCUGUCAACCUCUGGAAGCUCUGGCGCUCUGGCAGCUACCCGGCACCUUCCCCCUUCCCCAACUACGACUACCGGUACCUGGAGCAGAAGUACGGGGCGGCAUAUUCCGACGUCAAACACAAGCGAGGGAUGGCCCCGGGCUCACAGAGGACCCUGGAUAAGACCUCACCCCCCCGAAAGACCAGCCUGCGGGCGGAUGACACCUUCGAGAGCAUUAAUGAGCUGGGGAGCCUGGAGCUGAUGAGCAAAGACCUGGGCCUGGCCUCAUAUGGCCCCUUGAAGAAAUCCAUCUCAGCUGACUCCCUCAGCUCCAUCUCCUCCAUCGGGAACAACUUCGGGCAGGAUUUCACGGUGGGGCAGGUGGAGGUGUCCAUGGAGUACGACGGGAAGGCAGCCACCUUGCACGUGACACUGCUGCAGGGCAAGGACCUGCUGGAGAAGGAGGAUGCUCGCUUCGAGUCCUGCUUCAUGCGCAUCAGCCUGCUCCCAGCCGAGCAGAUCGUCGGCAUCUCCCGGAUUCAGCGGAGCGCCUACGCCGUGGCCUUCGACGAGCGCUUCUCCAUCCCGCUGGACCCGGCGGCGCUGGAGGAGAACAGCCUCCGCUUCUCCGUCUUUGGCAUCGACGAGGACGAGAGGAACGUCAGCACCGGCGUGGCCGAGCUCAAGCUCUCCGACCUGGACCUGGCCGUGCGUCCCUUCAACGCUUGGCUCUAUCUGCAGGACCUGAACAAGGCGGUGGACACUGUGGGGGAGAUCCUGCUCUCCCUGAGCUACCUGCCCACGGCCGAGCGCCUGACGGUGGUGGUGGUCAAGGCCAAGAACCUCGUGUGGACCAACGGCAAAGGGACUGCAGAUCCCUUCGUCAAGGUGUACCUGCUGCAGGACGGGAGGAAGAUCAGCAAGAAAAAGACAGCAGUGAAGCGGGACGACACCAACCCUGUCUUCAACGAGGCCAUGAUCUUCUCGGUGCCGGCCAUCGUGCUCCAGGACCUGUCCCUGCGGGUGACGGUGGCUGAGUGUGGCGAGGACGGCCACGCCGACAACACGGGCCACGUCCUCAUCGGCCCGGCAGCCAGCGGGAUGGGCAUCACGCACUGGAACCAGAUGCUGGCCACGCUGAGGAAGCCCGUCUCCAUGUGGCACCCGCUCCGGCGGAACUAGGAUGCUGCCGGGGGGGGGCCUGUUGUGCCCUCGCGGCCCCGCGCCCCGACACCGGCUCUGUGGGCAGAGGAGGGGGGCUCUGCCUGGCCAGGGGAUGCCACGACAUGGUGUUGGCAGCUGGGCAGUGACCGGGUGGUGCCGAGGCAGAGCUGCCGGCGCUCCUCGGGCAGGACAACUCGCCACUCGGAGGAUGGAGCAACUCGGCAGCUGCGUCUCUGCCCUCCCCCACAUCACCCCCGCAUGCGCUGGGGGCUGCCGACAGACUCGCUGUGAAAGGAGCCCUCCCUUCAACUGGACCAAAACCACCAACAACCUCCCCAAAGCACUGCCUGGCCACCAGCCGGGCUCCCCCAAGCUCCCCGGCAGCCCCCCCGAAUCGGUGGUGCCCUUGAAUGUGGGCCCCAAGGGCUCUUGGGGAGGGGGUGGAUUUCUUUGGAAGGUGGUUUUUGGUUGACGGGGGGGGGUAAAUGGGGAGGGGGUUGAUAAAGUGCCAGCCCCAUGCGGUUUCUCUCGGCGCAUGUGGUUUUUCUGUUGGUUUUUGGAGGGAUUUUGGUGAGCUAUUUUGGUGAGCUGCACCGGGGCUGAAACAUUUCCAGUGAGAAUGGAAAAAGGGAGAAAGAACAGUGGAAAAAGUGAUUGUUGUGUCACAGAAUCACAGACUGGUUUGGGCUGGAAGGGACAUUAAAGCCCAUCCAGUGCCACCCCCUGCCCCACACAGGGACACCUUCCACUAGCCCCGGU